AGUCUGUGCAACAAAAUCACAAAUACAAAUUACACAAGUAUGUGAAAGAAAUUAAUGUUAAAUUCCUUUAAUUGGGAUUUUUAUGUUGUAUAAAUAUUACAUUUUAAUUUUGACUUUCAUUAGCGUAAUUUAAUCAUAGUCGAAGCAAAGAGAGAAAUGUGAUUUAGUCCACAAUGAAAAUAAUUACCUGAACCUGACUAAUAUUGGUAUUUCUUCAUAUUACACUUAUUUUCAAAAUGAACCCUGCAGCCUGUCGUAUGAUUGGUAAAAACCUACACCUAAAUUUCUAUAUUAAAAUCUUAGGUAGAAGGGUUAACUAUAGUACAAUAGACGCUAUCGACACAUUCUCCUAUCUGACCAGACACCUCAAUAAAAGUGAUAAUAUAAUACCUAGACUUCCACAAAACCUGCAUAAUGAUUUCUCUAAUAAUGAUGGACACGUAAGAACUUUUAAAACUGAUAUCUCUAAAUUGUCUGGCAUUGAGUUAGACAACAUUCUAUUAGAACUAGAACAUCAAAACAAAGAUAGAGAAGUAAUAAAAUUUAUCAAGGAAUGUUUGGAAUAUAAAAUAACUAUUGGAAAAGAUGUGAUUAAGAAACUAUUUAAAAUAUACAGCUCCAGAGCUAAAAUAGAACAUGUGGAACUGUUACAAAAGUACUGUUCUAGGAUCACACCUGUUUUGUAUAAGAAAAAUGGUGAAUUUGUCCAUUAUGUCGCAAAAGCUCAAUGUAUGAAAGGUAAUUCUGAUAAAGGACUAUCUAUUUUACUUGAUGCUUAUAAAAAGAAUGUACAUCUAAGAGGAUAUUACAGGAUAAUUUUAAAAGAACUAAUUCAGGACUCUGUUAUGAAUAGAUCAGAGGCGUCCCUUGUCAUUUUUAAAAGAUAUGUAUUAGAAUUUAGUUACAAAUGGCAAGAUAAUUUUCCAUUGAUCUGUCUUUGGCACAUUUGCUGGAAGAGUGAUUGGUUCUCUGAUCAAAUGUUAGCUGAUGAAUUGUUGGAGACAUCUAAAAGUCUCCAAAGUAUUUUAGCAGACAUGUCACCUACUCUUUGUCAUAGUAUUUUAAAAGAAUACAAUGAAGACGCAGUUACAAGACUCAUGCAGUCACUAUUGAAGUACAAAAUGAUGGAUCAAUAUGCUAAUGUAAUACAAAUUCUAUUUAACUUUAAAUUAAGACACAAAGAUGUAAGAGGCUGCACAGAGAUUCUUCGGAAUUGUGAGGUGCUUGGAAUUUCUAUACCAUCAUACCAGCAGAGCCAGUUCAUCAAACUAAUGAUUGGAAAGGAAGGUGAUAAGGCAAUUCCUACUAAGGUUGAGGACUUCAAAUUUAAAUUUUAGUUUGCAGUUGCUCAAAAAGUCUUUAAAGUUUGCUCGCUACACAAGAGCGACAUUGAGUAUUGUGAUUAUAUAACCAUAUAGAAGUAUUAAGUUUGUGCUCCACUCAUAUCUACAUUGUAGUAUAAUAAGUAUUAUGUCAAAUUUCAAAGACAAUAUAAUUAUAGAGCAUUAAUUAUGUUUAUGAGUAAUACUUUAUAUAAUUUUUACAAUACCAGCAAAUGUGACAUGAUAAAAGCAUAUAUUUAUUAUUAAAAUCUUUAUAUAUAAAGAAAUCAAACAUUCUAUAUUCAUAUUUUUAAUAACACCGAUAAGGACUGGAAAUUGUUAUUUGUAAUAUAGUUAAAUCGUCAUGUAUAGUUUUACCUCCUCAGAAUUGUAUAGUGUAAGAUUUAAUAGUAACUCUGUAAAUAAAGAAGUUUUAAAAUGUUUUGUACAUGUUUGUAUAGUAUAGAUAAUAAAUUGGAUA